CAGUUGUAGAUUGAAACAAAUAUCAAAAAAGGGCCAUGGCUUCUGGAGGAUCAAAAUCAGCGGCCUUCAUCCUCCUAAUCAUCAAUCUUGGUUUAUAUUUCAUUGUAACUGUGGUUGCUGCAUGGGCUGUAAAUCAUGGGAUUCUAAGGUCUCGCGAGACAGCAUCUGUUUUAGAAAUUCCUGCUCGCAUAUUUCCAAUAUACUUCCCAGUAGGAAACAUGGCGACCGGUUUCUUUGUCAUUUUCUCGCUCAUUGCUGGCCUUGUGGGCAUGGGCACCUCCCUUAUUGGACUCAAUAAUGUUACUUAUUGGGAUGCACCCAACUUACACGCAGCCGCCACCGCUUCUCUCGCAACUUUGGCACUGACUCUACUAACCAUGGGGUUUGCAUGUAAAGAGAUUGAACUUGGCUGGACAGAUUCAAACUUGAGGACUCUGGAAAUCAUCACCAUUGUGGUGAGUGCAACUCAACUGUUUUGCACAGGUGCUAUCCAAGCUGGGGUUGAAGAUGUCGUUGCACGACAAAGAAGACAGCUUGGGGGAUUUUGAGCUCCACUGCUGCUCUGCUUAUGUGUUGAUUGCCUUUCAGAGAAGUACAUAUCCAUGACUGAGGAUUAUUAUUGUAUUGCGAGUGACUUCGCUUUUAUGGUUUUUUUUUUUUUUUUUAAUUGUUUUAAGGAGAGAAUUUCAAGGGAUGGUUGUAAGUCCAUUGUGUUUAUCUGAAUUGGGCA